AUGUCCCUGAUCAUCAAUGCCUUCUACACGAACAAAGAGAUUUUUCUCCGAGAGCUGAUCUCGAAUGCCUCUGAUGCUCUGGACAAAAUCCAGUUUCAGGCCUCGAAGGACCCGUCCAAGCUGGAUGCGGAGCCGAACUUGUACAUCAAGGUGACACCCGACAAGGAUGCUGGGACGGUCACCGUUGAGGAUACAGGUAUUGGCAUGACGCGGGAGGAGAUGAUCCUGCAUCUUGGCACGAUCGCCAAGUCCGGAACCAAGGCCUUCAUGGAGGCAGUGUCCUCCGGUGCUGACAUGUCCAUGAUUGGCCAGUUCGGUGUGGGCUUCUACAGUUCCUACCUCGUUUCGGAGAAAGUGCGGGUUGUCUCCAAGAGCAACGACGAUGAGCAGUAUGUCUGGGAGUCAACUGCCGGAGGCACCUUCCUGAUCUGGAAGGAUACCAAGUUUGAGCACGGCGUGCUGAAGCGCGGCACGAAAGUGAUCUGCUACUUGAAAGAGGAUCAGGCGGAAUUCCUCGAGUCCGACCGGCUCAAGGAGCUCAUCAUGAAGCACUCCGCCUUCGUAGGCUUCCCCAUCGACCUGCGCAUGGAGCAUCGCCAGGAGGAAGACAUCGAAGUAGAUGAGGAGGGUGUCGAAGCUCCCGAGAAGCGACGCAAGGUGACUGUAAGCUACUCAUGGGAGCUAAUCAACAAGAACAAGCCUUUGUGGCUUCGGCCAGCAUCGGAAGUCUCGCACGAGGAGUAUGCUGAGCUAUACAAAUUCCUCUCUGGCGACUGGGAGGAUCAUCUUGCCGUGAAGCAUGUCAUGCAGAGCGGCCAGGUGGAUUUUAAAGCCCUUCUGUACUGUCCGACCACAGCGCCGAAGGACAUGUUCGACAUGGGCAAGAUGUCACAGCGGUUUAGCAUCCGGCUCUACGUGCGCAGGGUGUUCAUCAAAGAGUUCAACGACCUCAUCCCCAAGUGGAUGGGUUUUGUGAAGGGCAUCGUUGACAGCGAUGACAUGCCGCUGAACAUCAGCAGAGAGAUGCUGCAGCAGAAUGCGAUUCUGAAGCACAUCAAGACCGGCUUGCAGAAGAAUAUCUUCAGCAUGUUCGAGGAGCUCUCUGCUGACAAAGCUCGCUUCAAGGCGUUCCACGAAGCUUUCUCACAGUGCCUCAAGCUCGGGGUCUAUGAGGACCAUACCAACAGGGAGCAGAUUGUGCCCCUGCUGAGAUAUCACUCUUCAAAGUCUGGAGAGGAGAUGGUGGGCUUUGAUGAAUACAUCGCCCGGAUGAAGCCAGGCCAGCGACACAUCCUUUACAUCACUGGCAGAACAAAGCGGGAUGCCGCGCGGUCGCCCUACAUCGAGGGCCUGAAGCGCGAUGGCUACGAAGUGAUUUACAUGACGGACCCCGUCGACGAGUAUGCUGUCCAAUUCCUCAAGGAAUACCGUGGCUACGAGGUGCUCAGCUGCAUGAGCAUGGACGCAGCGCGGCUCCUUGACCAUCGGUCGGAAGCAGACCUCAAGGCUGAGCUGGAGCCGCUUCGGAAGCGGCUUCAGGAGCUCCUCACGGAGGGUUCCGUCACGCUGGCGUCCCUCAACCCCGAGUGCUGCGCGCAGCUGGCCAGCUCGGAGCAGGGGACAGUGCUGGAGCUGAACUUCAAGCACAGCUUCGUGAAGGAGAUUGUGCCGACAUCUCCCUGUUCUGGCACAGACAGCAGCCCGUUGACUUCGCCUGAAUUGCCCAAGCUCUUGCAGGACAUGGCUGCUUUGGAGGGAACAGAUGCAGAUGAUCCCGCACGGGCCGACACCUGCGAAAAGUGCCAGGACCUAAUCCAGGCCCUGAACGCUGGCGAGGCUGAUGCUUCAGGAGAGCUGCCCGCGCUGGGAGCAGCGGCUGUGGCCCGAGAGGCUGCCCGCGAGCGGCUGGAGACCAGCGAGGGGAAGGCAGACGGCAGCGCCCACCUCCUCUCAUGCGGACGGCGAGUCCGGGUGGUGCGCGGUGAGCGUGCCAGGAGGGCCAUGAUCUCCUUCGUGGAUGAUGCGAAGACCGUGGAUGUUCUGUACCCACAGCCUGCCGCAUCUGGCAAGCAGGAGGAUGAAGAGGAGGGCGUGCCCGCAAAGUACGUUCAAGCCCUCCAGGUGGCAGAGUUUGGGUUCACGAGUGUCUGGUGCCAGGACAGCCUCUUCAAAUCUGCCACAGCAGACAAGGAGCGGGGCAACCAGCUCUUCAAGCUCAAGGACUACGAGGCCGCCUCGGAGUUCUACGGCACCGCCCUGGCGCGCUUCGCAGCGCGGCCGGUGGGCCGCGGUGAGCAGGUGCUGCUGAGGCACCUUGAUAGAAGCUUAUUUCCGUGGCAUGCUUCAACGGCACGUGGUGUCACCUGUGUUCCGAUCAUUAGAUGA